AAGGGGAAGUGGGGGGACGGCGGCGGUGGGGAAGAUGGCGUACCAGAGCCUGCGGCUGGAGUACCUGCAGAUCCCGCCGGUCAGCCGCGCCUACACCACCGCCUGCGUGCUCACCACCGCCGCCGUGCAGCUGGAGCUGAUCACACCGUUUCAGCUAUACUUCAACCCCGAAUUGAUCUUCAAACACUUUCAGAUAUGGAGGCUAAUCACCAAUUUCUUAUUUUUCGGUCCAGUGGGAUUCAAUUUUUUAUUUAACAUGAUUUUUCUAUACCGCUACUGUCGAAUGCUAGAAGAAGGCUCAUUCCGAGGCCGGACGGCAGACUUUGUAUUUAUGUUCCUUUUUGGUGGAUUCUUAAUGACUCUGUUCGGUCUGUUCGUGAGCUUGGUUUUCCUGGGCCAGGCCUUCACGAUCAUGCUCGUCUACGUGUGGAGCCGGAGGAACCCGUAUGUCCGCAUGAACUUCUUCGGCCUUCUCAACUUCCAGGCCCCCUUUCUGCCCUGGGUGCUCAUGGGCUUUUCCUUGCUGCUGGGGAACUCGAUUAUUGUGGACCUCUUGGGCAUUGCGGUCGGACACAUAUAUUUUUUCUUGGAAGACGUAUUUCCCAAUCAGCCUGGUGGAAUCAGAAUUCUGAAAACACCGUCUAUUUUGAAGGCUGUUUUUGAUACACCGGAGGAUGACCCAGAUUACAACCCACUGCCUGAGGAGCGGCCGGGAGGCUUUGCCUGGGGCGAGGGCCAGCGCCUCGGCGGUUAAAGCGGCAGGUGCCAGCCACCAGCCCCAGCUGGCAAGGACUCGAUGACCCGCCUGUUGGGAUUCUUCUAUGCUUCGUGUUGUGAAAGUGUGGACGCUUUGGGCGGCCUGGCAGGUUCUGACUCCAGAAGCACUUUACGGAAUGGUACACUAACGGAUCCAGAAUGCGCUCAGCACGGCCGGCCGGCGGCCCCUCGCCGUUCCGGCCCUGGAAGUGUGAUCUCUCGGGGCCAGUGCGCCGGAGAAACAAAUACCCCACCACCUCUGGCCCCAAGCCCCCGAGCGCUUGAGUCCUGGGGUGUCAGGCAGAGCUCCUCCUCCUCCUCUUCUUUGCUAGACGAGGCCGUGGGGUAAAAGGGAAGUUUCAGAGAGGACACAAUAAAACUGAGUUGCAUCUCUCUCACUGAA